AUCCACGACUGAAUUUUCCCAGCUCCAUUCCCAGCCAUCCAGGAAGGACCAUCCCCAUCCCCAUCGGAUCCCAAAAUCACCCAAAUUCACCGAGAACGAGCAUCUGGCUUCUCCCAGCUCUGUGGGGCCGAGGCACAACCUCGCGCUUUGAAUAAUUUCCGACCGAAGGCAAUAAAAGGCAAAGAUUCGACUCAUUCAGCUGCAGAACAACAGGAAAUGAGAGGCCCAGGGCUGAAGAUCCUCCUGUCACCACCUGGUUUGAGCCCUGGAGUGGUGGAGGCUCCGUGAUCCCAGGAUGGGCUCCGGCGCUUGGCUCCGGCUGCUCCUCGCCCUCGGAGCUCUUUGGGGGAUCGGAGCCAGGGAAAAGGUGCUGGGAACCUUGGGAAAGGCAACGCUCCUGCAGAUCCCGCACCAACUCCAGGAACACACCCUGGACUUCGGGGAAGCCUCCUGGAAAAGAUCCACAGAGGAGCCGCAGAGGAAGAAAUUCCUGCUGAAGUUUUCCGGCGGGAAUUACACGGAGUUCGAGCCGGCGCGGAUGCGCUUCCACACGCUGGACUUUUCCCUGGAAAUCCUCAACACCAGCCGGGAGGACGGGCAGCUCUACGAGUACAGCGUCAGCAAGGGGUCGGUGGAGGAGGUCUGGCAGAUCCAGCUGGAAGUGUUCGAGCCGGUGGCCGAUCCCAGCAUCCAGAUCCUCCAUCAGGAGUUGUCCAACGGCAGCUGCUCCCUCACCCUCCUCUGCACCUCGGAGCGGGGCGAUGAGGUUUCCUACAGCUGGGACAGUCGGGACAAUGGGACCUGGGGGAUCUGCUCCGGGAACGGCAGCUUCCUGAACCUCUCCUAUUCCCUGCGGAGCGCGAGCUUUGGAUGCGUCUGCACUGCCAGGAAUCCCGUGAGCAGCCGGGAUGUGGCCUUCAACUCUUCCCAGUGCGGCUCCGAGCAGCCCGGUGACCCCGGGCUGAGGACGGAGCUCUGCGUGCUGCUGGUGGGGCUCGGUGCCGUCAUCGCCAUCGUCUUUGCGGCCAUCGUCAUCUUCAGGGCCACCCACUUGGCCAAACGUGACCAGGACCCCUCCUGGCCAGUCCCGGACCACUCCCAGGUCACUCCGGCCAGCACCAGCCCCACCAUCUACGCCCAGGUGCAGAGGGUGCAGAAGCCCAAAGGGACCGUCCCCAUCGCCGCCUCCUCCUCCUGCACCACCAUCUACGCCGUGGCCACCGGGCCACCCCCGGCCCCCGACGGAGCCCCCCGGUCCCCGGCAGGGUCCCCAACCCCGCGGGGACACCCCCCGCUGUCCCAGGAGCCCACAACGGUUUAUGCCAGCGUGACUCUUCCCGUGGCCUGAGCUUCUCUGGGAUCUGCGUUCCUGGCCAGAUUCUCCUGCUGAUCCCUGGGGAAUCCCUUGGGGAUCCCUUGGGAAUCCCUGAGGAAUUGGGGGAAAAACUCUCCGGAGUGGGCGGCGUGUCCGACGCGGUGGCCGGAGCGGUGCGGGAUGGUCAAGCAAGGGCUUGGACAUGGGCAAGGAACCUCCCCUGGGUGUGGGGGAGGAAUUCCAGCAGGAUCCUGGAGCGGUGGGAGAAGGGAGAGAGGCUCUGGAUCCACCUCGGAGCUGGGAAGGAGGGAGGAUCCUGACGGGAAGGGUCAUUCCCGCUCCUGCGGCCCCGGGAAAGGCGUCCAGGAGCGGAUUUGGACUCGGACCUCAUCCCUGUGGAAUUUCACGCCAGGAUCUCAUCCCGUGGUCCUGAUUCCCCAAGGGAGCCCACGGGGACUUCAAAGUGGAAAAAUGAGAAGUUGGUUUUAUUUUUUGGGCUCUGGAAUGAGUGAAAUGAAUGAUUUUGGCCCAAGGAGUGAGGAAUUUCAGCAACCCCUCUGUGGGAGAAGCCACGUCCCAUCGGACUUCCCCAUUCCCAUCCUUUCCCACAGAUUUUAUGGGAACAGGUGAGGUUGUCCCUGGUGGAAUUAAAGCUGAAUUUAGGGCUGAGAGGGGGCCUGGCCACCCCCUGCCCCAAUUCCCUGUGGGAAUAUCCAGUGUGGGAAUGCUGAGGGGCCAGGGCUGAGCAAUCCAACCCUGCCCCAAUUUUGGCGAUUUUAUAACCCCAAAACGUCUCAGGUGUCCGCAGCUCCGAGCCCGUGGAUUGUGACGGAGGGGAAGGAAAAUAAAUUGGGAAUAAAA